UGACCGUCACAGGAGAAUGGAGAUGAAGAUAAUAGUCGUUCGUGUAUUGUGCUUUCGUUUAAUGGUUUAAUUCGUAUGUACCGAUUCGAUAGCUCUGAAAGAUCAGCAUAAGUUAUCGCUGUUUCUGGUGUCCCUUCCUUAAUGGAUGAUCUAUAUGCAGUAUUGGGAUGCACUAAAAAUGCUUCGCCUGAGGAACUGAAGAGGAAUUAUCAUCUACUGGCUAUAAAAAAUCAUCCAGACAAAAUGAAAGCUGGUACUGACGAUACUAAAUUCAAGCAAAUUACGGAAGCUUGGCAGAUUUUACGUGAUCCUGAAACAAGGAAAAAGUACGACGCAGAACAGCUAAACGUCACACGUUGUGAAACACCAGUUGUGUUUGAAAUCGUGAAUGUCCAAGAAAUGGAAUAUGACGUGACCGCAAGAACGUACUAUUACAGUUGUCGAUGUGGUGGCUCCUAUUCCGUCUGUCGAGAUGACUUGUAUACGGAUACAACGUAUGUGAAUUGCAGUGAAUGCUCUCUAGCAAUACUCAUUAAGCUGAAGUAAUUUAUACAGAUUAUCGAAUUUAGGUGACAACGAAAGCAUGUAAAAAUUUCCUUCGCUGGUAAAACAUUCUAAGAAGUUUCCUUCGUUUCUCGUAUGGGAUGCGUUCCGCUAUGAGGUUGUGUAAAAACAUGAACAAUAUUAGAAAUAAAGUUUUGACAGUAAUACUGUGAGCAAAACUGAAAUUGUGUAACACACACUUUUGCUAUAGGAAGUAGAACUAUUUACAAUACACAAGUACUUCUACGAAGUCCUAUUAAACGUGAAACUAUUUGAAAUUCUUCGACGUAAUAAGAUUCUUUGUGUAUUGUGAUAUUCUUUAUUGAUACAAAAUAGUCUGUUUUCUCUAUCUAACUAAAUGUUACUCUAUUAACUAUCUGUGACGUAUAGGCACUCAUUGUUUGUGUCAAACGAAAUACAAUAUUUAUUUAUCUAUGAAUAUAAUUGCUGUUGGUAAACAAAACACAAGAAAAGAACACUGACAUUACCAUUGUUGUUACUGGCGACAUUAAAUUGAAGCAAAAAUACUAUGCAGAAGCUUGGCAGAUUUUGCGUGAUCUAGUAACAAGACAUAAAUAUGAAACAGAGCAGGUAAAUGUUAUAGUGAGAAACUCCAGUUGUGCUUAAACUUUGGCAGUUUAGGAAAUAGAAAUUGAUGGGAUUGCUAGAACUCAUUAUUACAGUUGUUGAUAUGUGGCUUAUAUUUUUUAUGCCCUGACAGAAUCCAUCAGUUUUGAUGAGUAGGAGAAGGAGAGGGCCACAUGAAUAUUACCAUAUCCUAUCAUUCUCAUAUGCCCCUUUCAGCCAAGUACCUUCAGUGUUUCAAACACAACAGUGUGUGUGUGUCCUAAUAUUUUUCCAACAUAUCCCUCUUUACUCACCAAAGCAGCAAGAUAAAAACUCCUGAAAGAUGGGUAUAGAUUUUUUUUUUUUUAAACGUCGGUUGCUAAUAUGUGGAAUUUUGGCUCCUGAUGGGAAGUAAAGUAAUAAACGGCCCCUCAGUACUCUUA